AUGCCACUACUGAGGCUUCGGCUGCUCUUCGCCGGCCUCGUCGCCACAUGCAUCUGCUGGACCAUUUCGCAGAUGCUCGUGCUGGAGCGGCAUCUCUCUGCCGCCGACAGCUCCGCAGCUCAAGCUCACCAUGAUCCGGCGGCGGCCGGCGUCGCAGCGGCACCCGCAGCCGAGGAGCUGAGGCGUACGCUCAAGGCGCUCUCCUCGCUGCAGCCGCACGUGCCGACGCAGGGAGCCGCUGCCGCUGCCGCGCAUGCCUCUGCGGCGUCGGCUUCGGUGACGGCGGUGCUCGAGUGGAGGGACGCGGCGCAGCUCGAGCGGCAGCUGGCGGCCCUCUCCGCCCAGCGGCCAGCGGCGCCGGCGACCACCCUGGUGGAUGCCUACCGCGCCGCCGACGGCGGGGCAGCGGCGCGCGCAGUCGCGCGCUCGUUCGGCGGCGGCAGUAGCGUCUCCGUCUUUGGUGCAGUUACCGGCGGCGGCGGCGGCGGCGGCGGCGGCGGGGAGCGUCCGGGCGGUGUCGUCGGCCUGGCGGGGUGGUGCUUGUACGACACGGCACUUGCGGGGGAGCAGGCGGUGCUGAACCUCGGCAGUAUCUCGGCUCAAUCUCGGCUCAAUCUGGCGACCCUCCUCCUGCCAGACACCUUCGAGGCGAUGCGGCCUGUGACGGUGGACGUGCUGCGCGGCAGCUGGCUCCUGCGCGUGGAGUGGAUCCCGCUGCUGCUGCGCGGCGUCGCCGGCGAGGCGGCCGGCGGAGGAAAGGGCGAGGAGGAGGGCGAGGAGGAGGGCGGGGAGGAGGGCGGGAAGGAGGGCGAGGAGGCGCGCGCGCGCGUGUCGGCGCUGCUGCGGGAGCACGGCGACCUCCCGUCGCUCGUGCUCCCCGCCGGCACUGCCGACGGCUGGAGGGACGCGCGCCCUCCGUGGCGGAGGGCCGCACCAGACGCUGCGGGCGGAGGCCGGCCGGAGGUUGGAAUCUCGCGGCCGGAGGUUGGAAUCUCGCGGCCGGAGGUUGGAACCUCGCGGCCGGAGGUUGGAACCUCGCGGCCGGAGGUUGGAAUCUCGCGGCCGGAGGUUGGAAUCUCGCGGCCGGAGGUAUGUGCCCCGGCUGGCGCUGCUCCCGCGGCGCGGCGGCGGCUCCAGCUUGGUCGGGCGUGCGUGCGAGGCCCUCGCGGCGCCGUGGAGCUCUGCCGCGACGCCGGCCGGAUGCUCGAGCUGACCAGCGCAGACUUCGGCAGCGCGAGCGACGACGGCGCCGGCCGGUGCGCCGCGCUCCUCGUGGCGCUCGACGACGUGGUCGGCGCGACGCAGCCGGCGGCGCUCGUCGUACCGCUCCUCGCGUCCGUCUCUGCCGCGCAUUUCCUCGGGGACACGGUCGACUUGUCCAUCAGCGCCGACGCCGACGCCGACGCCGGCACGCUCGCCCUCUCGCGCGGCUGGGCGUGGCCGCACGGCGCAACGCGGCUGGCGGUGCGCGCGGCAAAGGGAGGUCUCGUCGCGGCCGUCGCCGAGGCGUGGACGCCGGACGGGUACCACUCGCACGGCCUGCUGCUCGAGGACGACAUCGAGGACACUGAUCCACCAUCCAAUGAGGUGUCGCCGUACUUCUACGUGUACGCCAAGCUCGCGCUGCUGCGCUACGCGGUGUCGGGGGAGGAGGGGGGCGGCGUGCCGGCGAGCGGGCACGCGGCGGGCGGACUCCUCGGCGUCUCGCUGUACACGCCGCGACUCGUCGAGCUGACGAUGCCCCGCCGAAGGGCGGACUUGGGCACGCUGCCGGCCUCGGCGGGUGGCGGAGUGCCGCACCUGUACCUGCAGCAGCUUCCCUGCUCGUGGGGCUCCCUCUUCCUGCCUCGGCCGUGGCUGCUCUUCCGCGCGUACAUGCAGGCGCGGCUCGAUCAAGAGAAGCCCCGAGGGGGCGCCGCUACAGUACUAGGACUUGGGGCGCGGCUCGAGGGCGCCCCCGGCCCGCUCGUCCCUCGCUCCGCCUCGAACGGCUGGUCCACGUCGUGGAAGAAGUUCAUGAUCGAGCUGUCGCACCUCUCGGGCGGCGUCUUCCUCUACCCGUCCUUCCCGAACCAGUCCUCCCUCUCGACCAACCACCUCGAGAAGGGCGAGCACAUCGGCGGAAAGAAGAACAAGCUGACGCACCGCCCCCUAGAAGCGGACUCUCUCCCCAUCUCUCCCCUUCUCUCCCCAUCUCUCUUGGCCUGGACGCGGAACACGCACCGGCCGAUCGAUUUCACCGUCCCUCUGCUGCUCAACCUGUCCGACCUCCGCCAGCUCUGGCCGCCGCAGCCGCUCGACGCGCUGCCGGUCCGCGACCUCUUCACGCGCCCCACCCGACGCAGCGAGCUCCAUGCGCGCGGCAUCGAGGCCAUCGCCGCGCACCGCGGCGUGUGGCGAAGCCACGCGCGCGAGGCGGCGGCGCCAGCACUCCGCCUCGACCGCAUCCUCGAAAGGCUGCUCCCGGCGACGACUGCGCCGAGAUGA